AUGCAGGGGAAGGUUUAUUUGAUCGGCGACUCGCUGACGCAGUUCUCAUGGACGUCCAACGGACUCGCGGCGGUGCUCGCCGAUCGGUACCAGCGCCGGCUCGAUGUGAUUAACCGCGGCUUCUCUGGGUACAACUCGACGAUCGUGACAGGCUUUGUCGAGCGGCUCGCACGGGAAGGCGAUCUCGAUGGCGUCAAGCUCGUCACGAUCUGGUUGGGGGCCAACGACUCUGUCCUACCGGGCGAGGCUCGCGCCGUGGACCCGCAGACGUACAGCUCGAACCUGGUUCGACUCGUCUCGCUGCUCCCCGCCGACGCACGGGUGCUGCUGCUGACGCCACCGCCAUUCUGCGCCGCCGCGAGGGCCGAGCACGAACGCGCCAACCCGGACGUCGUGGCUGCAAAGGACCGGGAAGAGGGGCACACGAGGCUAUACAGCUCAGCGUGUCUGCGCGCCGCUGACGAGGUGCGCGGCUCGCGCGGCACCGUUGCGGCCGUCGAGCUGUGCUACCUCAUGGAGGACGAGGCGGUGCGACGGUACGGCGAUCGAGACGAGGGGCUCAAAAAGUUUCUGCACGACGGCGUUCAUCUCACGCAAGAGGGGUACAAGAUCGUGAGCAACGCUGUCGUACAGGCCAUUGAGCGGCACUUUCCGGACCUCGAUGCGGCAUCGAUGCGGUUUCCCGACUGGAAGCAGGUCGACCAUACUCGCCCCGAAGCGUUCCUCGCGUCGCUCGACAAGCUAUAG